GAUCGAGCCUGGGCGCGUGACGCUGUGGACGGCUCCCGGCGAAAAGCCGGCCUACAAGGCUCGAAGGACAAGCUGGUUGCCCCAAGUCUUGGGCUUCGUCGUUCAGGGAUGCCGCUCGCAGUCUGCAGCCGAGCAAAGCCCCAGCGUUGGGAUUUUGAGCGCUGCCAGAGAAGAAUCCACCCGUCCUGCCGUGCCCUGCUAUUCCUGUGCACCUUCGCCGCCCUGGCCUCAGCAGCCACCGAUGAGGAGCUCCGGCAGGCAGUGCUUGACCGUGACCAAGAUACAGUCCAGGAGCUGAUCGCCUCGGGACGUGUGAAUGUGAGCGACGUUCGGUGGGAUGGGGGCCGGACUCCCUUGCACCAAGCAGUGCUGAGAGGCCAGUUUAGACUGGUGGGGUUAAACCCCGUGCACGAAGAACGGCCGAUCUCGUUGAAAAUCGUGGAGCUGCUGCUGGCAGCUUGGCCAGACGGUACGCAGGCUGUUAACAACCAGGGCGAGACCCCCUUGCAUUUGGCAGUUCGUUUUGGCAGCAUAAGGAGUGCAGAGCUGCUGCUGGCAGCCUGGCCAGACGGAGCCCAGGCCACCGACAAGACAGGCCGCAACCCCUUCACUUUUCUGGAAAGUGCCCAAGAUGCCGACUGCAACCCGCUGAUCUAUGUAGGAUGCAACGGCACCUCCGCAAUGCAUGACCACCGUCUCCAGGAAGCUGCGGUGCACUUGGAAUGUUCGGAUCCUUACCUACUGUCGAAACCGUCGUUGGAGCUUUGGCUCCAAUGCGGCGGUGAUGCUCGCUGGCGAAGCGCCUUAGGUAAAAGUCUGGUGGACAUAGUGCAGGAUCCAGAUGCUCAAACUUUUCUCAAGGGGUUGCUGGACGCUGACCUCCUCGCAUUGACCUUGAAAGACUGGAGGACAUGGCUCAUUCCCAGUAUUGCUAGUAUAGUUGCAGGUUUUGCAGUUCUUGUCGAGCAGCGACUCCAAUCUUUCAGGUGGGGGCAACGAGAGCAACGGGCUGAGAAUGCCGAGGAAUUCUUGGAAGGUGCAACGAUGUUGGUGGCACGAGCUUGUGGUGGGAGCUGGCUGAUGCUCCGAAAGCUGUGGCGGUGGAUGGAGGCCUUGGUCACAGUUUUUAUCUUCGGAUGGGCGUUGCUCUGGAUGAACCCACAAUGGUGGGUGCCACUGGUCACUUUGGCCCACUUCCUCCCUGCGGCAUGCCUCCAUGGACCGAAGGAGAUUCUCCGCGUGCCGGUGCGUGCACUGGUGACUACCGAUCUAUCCAGCCAGGCGAUUGCCUUCGCACGCACGGCCAUUUUGAUUGGAAUAUUUCUGUUCAUGACCAUGGUGUUGGGCGGAGGAUGGGCGAUCAACCCGCUGUUCAUGGAUUGGUAUUUAUACUCUGAUGUGGCACACAGCUGGCUGUCGGACCACCUUUUGUUUCGGUGGUGCCCGGACGUCACUGGAGACGAAUUGGCGAUUCUGCUGCGAAAUGUCGCCAUUGCCAGUGCGGGCCUGUACAUGCUAUGCCUGCUCGGUGCGAUACUUUUCCGCUGCGCGCAGUAUGCGCAGUGUUUUCCUGUGCGCAUGGCGUGUCGGAGGUAUACUGGACCUUCAAGGUCCGAGCAACUGACGAUGGCCAACAAUCUCUUGCUGAAGGAAAAGGCAGAGUUCAACCCAGCGCAUCUGGAUCAUCCGAGAAUCAAGGUCCAGCCAGUUUCCGCCUGGGCCUGGCCCUGGCAAGCGCCGGGGCUUUACCAGAGCGUGGCCCUGAUGCUGCUGGAUGUUGGCCUGGAUGCAAACACCAUAGGCCUUUUCCUCUUCUCUCAAGACUACUUCUCUGCACUCGUCAUGACUUUCGUGGUGGCUCGCAGCUGCUUCAAACAGAUGUGCCUCAUCCCACCAUGGCGGCUCCGAGAGGCGAUGAAGGCCAGUGUGCGCCGUGGAAUCUUGCGCCAAGAUGUCCUGGACUUUCUUGCAGAAGAACAACGCUCAGAAGCCUUCUUCUGCGCUUGCGUCACGGCCUACUCGGCUUGGUUUAAUGCCCGAACAGCAGGUCAGCUGUUGCUGCAGUUCUUGAGCGCCUUCCUGAGCAUGUACAUGUUUGCGGGCUACGUCGUGCAGUCAGUCGACAAGGCACUGCCGACACAGCCCGAAGGUACUCAUGCAGACGUCGCGAAUGACCUGGUGCGAGUAGUGGGACAUCCGACCUUGGCCCAGGAGGUGGAUGAGAUAUCGCUCUGUGUCAUCCCGGAGUCAAAGGCACCAGGCCCCUCAAGCCAGGCCCAAGAGGCUGCAGGGCCUGAGAAAGUGGCAGAGGUUGCGGCCGCAGACACAGCACUGGCGAAGGAGAAUAACAAGAAGGUCAAGAAGGUCAAGAAGCCGAUGGUGGGCGCCGCCUCCGGGUCGAAGGACGUGAUGCCCAUGGCAGAAGCUGAGCAGAACGAGGAGAAGUGCCAGGAAGAUGACGCGGUUGAUGUGAAACUGCCCGGUUUCCCCACCAGGAGUGCCCCUGGGUCACACAGGCCAGCGACAAUCGAGGAGGACUUGAGUCCGAAGGACGACAAAGCCAAGAAACAGAAAAUGAGGAGGAAGCGCUUGAAGCAGGAAGUAGCAACGGAGAAAGCCCCGAAGAGCAGCGAGGCGCCUCUCCAGAACAUGUGUCAAUGA